AUGGAUCUUUAUGCAUAGCUUCAUUACGGUGAAACUGGAGGAGUCCUAAUGCAGAAUGCCUAUCGCUGUUAGAGAGACAAAUGGUUCCAAGAUGCAGACCAAGCGAAGCACCUGGACCCCACUGAACCACCACCUCUCUAACAGCCAUGUCUUUGAAGAGAGGAGAAAUCUGCUCCACAAGUGGUUUGAUAAGUGGACAGAUAGCCAGAGAAAGCAGGUGCUACAGGACUUCUUUUCUCACUGCUCUGUGGCCCAGUUAAAGUAUUUUAGGCAGUAUCUGUGCAGUCAGGUGCCAGAGGAAACUCUGGACUUCACCAGCGUUCUCCCUAGAGUCAUAACUCUCUACAUCUUCUCAUUUCUCGACCCUAGGAGCCUUUGUAGAUGUGCACAGGUCAGUUGGCACUGGAAGAAUCUGGUUGAGCUGGACCAAGUGUGGAUGCCAAAGUGCCUGAGACUGGGUUGGUGUAUAACUUUCACUCCUACGCCAUUUGAGCAAGGUGUAUGGAGGAGGCACUAUGUAGAGACAGUUCAAGGGCUUCACAUAUGCAGGCCUAAGACUCCUGCAAAGGAACACUUUAUUGUUCCUGAGGUAAGAGUGAUUGGCAGCAAGAGUGAGGAGUUGAAUACAGAGAUUGGCAGCCAUGAAUCAAGACCAAGCAACCAGAGUCAUACUGGGAGGGGUCUAUCUGGCCGGUCCUCAGUGACAUCAGCAAAAGGACCUCCACCAUGGAGAGACUCAGACAGACAUCCUACAGACACAAUACGCUUUAACUAUCUAGAGAAUGUCGACCCAACUGAGCAUGCAAGACAAAUUCAGGCAAGAAGCAGAAGAACUACCAACUCAACACAAGAAAACAUAGACAAGAAAGCCUCUUCUGCCUCGUCAUACAAACUGCGCAAGGCCAAAUCUAUGAUGUUAACAUCACUGGAUCUCAGCACAGAUGGUAAAAGAAAACAGAGCAGACCUCAGUGGGCAACACAGAGUGCAGCUAAUAAAGAUCCAGAAAAGAAGCUCGAUUCAAGUCAGUGGAACGCCGGGAUCCGACCAGGCCCAGUAAGGACUCCUGUACCCAAACUAAGCGAGGAGGGGCUCAAAGCAUCACAAAGAUCUCAUAGGACCAUGCCAAGUAAGGCCACUGCUAUGUUACUUUGA